UGUUUCUCCUCACUUUCUUCGUGGUUCCGAUAGACAAAACAUUUGUCGCCCCAGUACUUACAAUGGCGCAAAAACUCGCAAUUACCAUCACCCUCAUGAUGUCUGUCGUCUCCGCGGCGGCGAUACCCGAAGAGCCGGUGAGCGCUUUCAUUGUUGGCGGAGAACUAGCCAGGCCCGGCGAAUUCCCUUAUAUCGUCAGUUUAUCGAAUGGGAAGUCGCAAUUUUGCGGAGGCGCGUUGUUGAACGCCAACACCGUCCUCACGGCGGCCCAUUGCUCCCAGGACGAGAAGGCCUCAGCUGUCCGAGUUCGUGCGGGAUCCCUUACCUGGGCCUCCGGCGGCACAUCAGUAGGCGUUUCUUCCAUUUUCAUUCACCCCAACUAUGAUUCGAACACUACCGACAACGACGUCGCCCUCUGGAACCUGUCGACUCCGAUUCAGGCAAGCUCAACCAUUGGCUAUGCCAAGUUGCCAGAGCCAGAGUCAGACCCCACGCCUGAUUCAAUCGCGACAAUUGCGGGCUGGGGAGAUUUGGCUUCGGGCGACGACUCGCCCCCGCCAGCAGAAUUGAGAAAGGUUUCCGUCCCUGUUGUCUCGCGCGAGACUUGUCGAGCAGACUUGGAGCAUUAUGGGGACGUCGUCACCGAUAAUAUGUUUUGUGCGGGACUGAAGGAGGGUGGUAAAGACUCAUGCCAAGGAGACAGUGGCGGCCCUAUCGUUGAUCAGGCUACUGGAGCUUUGAUCGGACUCGUGUCGUGGGGCGAAGGAUGUGCUCGAGCAUCUUCUCCCGGCGUAUAUGUCAGGCUGGGCAACUUUGUUCGGUUCAUUGCCGACCACAUGUAAGAUCCCAAACUUUGGAGAUCCUCAUCGUUUGAUGGGCCAAUGGAGAUAUGACCACACGCGAACGGUGGUUAGGAUUGGAACGGCGGAAAUGAAUUUCCAGCGUCGGUUUUGGUUGGUCGCUGGAGAAGCUGUCGGCCGUUGCAUGUUGUCGUCUUGAUUAACAAGGUGCGUCGCAAGGCUUGCAAGCAAAUACAUCGGAUCUCAAAUCUAUUCAAAUUAAAUCAAACCG